CUAUCUUACAAAAUCCAAAUCCCCCUCUCUUCCGCUCUCAUUCCUCUCAGAAACCCUUCUCCACUCGCCUCCAUUGAUCACCGAUCAUCGAUCUCCGGCGCUAUCGGUGAUUUUUCUUGAUCGGCAGCCAUGUCUCUGAGGCCUAGCGCCAGAACCGAGGUUCGGCGGAACCGGUACAAGGUCGCCGUCGAUGCAGAGGAAGGCCGUAGGAGGAGAGAAGACAACUUAGUCGAGAUCCGAAAGAAUAAGAGAGAAGAGAGCUUGCAGAAGAAGAGGCGCGAGGGCCUUCAAGCGCAGCAGUUCACCACUCCCGUCAGUGCUUCAACCUUCGAGAGGAAGUUAGAAAGUCUUCCCGCGAUGGUUGCAGGUGUUUGGUCAGAGGAUAGCAACUUACAGCUCGAGGCAACCACUUAUUUCCGAAAACUGCUUUCAAUAGAACGCAGUCCUCCAAUCAAUGAAGUUAUACAAUCUGGUGUUGUUCCUCGCUUGGUUGAGUUCCUUGGCAGGGAUGACUUCCCACAGCUUCAGUUUGAGGCUGCUUGGGCUCUCACAAACAUUGCUUCUGGAACAUCAGAAAACACCAAGGUUGUAAUAGACCAUGGAGCAGUUCCGAUUUUUGUGAAGCUUCUUGGUUCCCAAAAUGAUGAUGUCCGUGAACAGGCUGUAUGGGCAUUAGGAAAUGUUGCUGGUGACUCACCCAAAUGUCGAGAUCUUGUCCUUGGCCAUGGGGCCUUGAUGCCUUUGAUGGCUCAAUUCAAUGAGCAUGCAAAACUUUCUAUGUUGAGAAAUGCAACAUGGACAUUGUCAAAUUUCUGCAGGGGCAAGCCACAGCCUCAAUUUGAGCAGACAAAGCCUGCCCUCCCAGCUCUUGAACGUCUUAUACAUUCAAAUGAUGAAGAAGUCCUUACUGACGCAUGUUGGGCACUAUCAUAUCUUUCUGAUGGUACCAAUGAUAAAAUUCAAGCUGUUAUUGAAGCCGGUGUUUGUCCCCGACUUGUUGAACUGUUACUUCACCCAUCUCCCUCAGUCCUCAUUCCUGCCCUUCGCACAGUUGGAAAUAUUGUUACUGGGGAUGAUAUCCAAACUCAGUGUAUUAUAAACUAUGGAGCUCUUCCUUGCCUUUUGAACCUGUUGUCACAUAAUUACAAGAAAAGCAUCAAGAAGGAGGCUUGCUGGACCAUCUCAAACAUCACAGCUGGAAAUAAAGAUCAGAUACAGUCUGUAAUUGAGGCUGGCAUCAUUCCUCCCCUUAUCCAUCUGCUUCAAAAUGCUGAAUUUGAGAUCAAGAAAGAGGCUGCUUGGGCCAUUUCGAAUGCUACUUCUGGUGGAACCCAUGAUCAAAUAAAGCUCUUGGUGAGCCAGGGUUGUAUUAAGCCAUUAUGUGAUCUUCUUAUUUGUCCCGACCCAAGAAUUGUCACUGUCUGCUUGGAAGGCCUUGAGAACAUUCUGAAAGUUGGGGAAGCUGAUAAGAGCUUGGGACACACUGAUGUGAACCUGUUUGCUCAAGCGAUUGAUGACGCUGAUGGGUUGGAAAAGAUUGAAAAUCUUCAGAGCCAUGACAACACUGAGAUAUAUGAGAAGGCAGUGAAGAUUCUUGAGACAUACUGGUUGGAGGAGGAUGAGGAGCCAUUGCCUCCAGGUGAUGCUUCCCAAUCUGAAUUCCAUUUUGGUGGCAAUGACCAUCCUCCUGUUCCUCCUGGUGGAUUCAACUUUGGUUGAAGGACAUUCAGAUGGCAGUGGAAUGAAGCUCAAAGUCCAGGUUUUGGGGUGGUGAAUUAAUUUUUGAGGUCAUGGAGGGGCAUCUCAUUGUCGUCUUUGGUUCUUUGGGUUCUGGUCGGUGCAAGAUUGAGGUGGUGUGGGUGGAGAGAUGCUGGAGUCUGUUUGCUCUCUUGCAGUAGUUGAAUAAAAGUCGGGCUGUGCUAUAUCAUGAGUGGGUUACAUGGUAGAUGAUGAGGACUGUUUGGGGAUCUUUGCCAUUGCAAAUGAAUCUAGUCUCUUUUCCUUCUUCCUUUUGUUGCUUAUUCUUUCUACCGUGGUAUAGCGGAUACAACUUCUUAUGGUUAUUUCUGUUUCAAUCCAUGGUUUAUAGACAGAGCGCAAUAAGGGGGAAAAAAAGAUAUAACAUUUGGUCAUUAUGGUUCUUUUUUUUUUUCUUUCUUUUUAUCCCUUCCCUUCCUUUUUUUAUAGUUGGGGGAGGAAGUAAAUACAUGUUCUGUGUUGGUUUUCUGGGUGGGCGAAGCAUUAUUAUUGCUGCAUUAAAGAUUUUGUUACCUUCUGAUGGAAUUGAUAUGUUUUUAUGCACAGAGAUAUAUGUUUGUUUUA